AUGUCUUCAACUCAAACCCAAACCCAACGCCUCAAGACAACCCCCAGCAAAGUCUCAACCCUCCUCCCCAUCCCUUUGGACCCAGUCUCCGAAUGGCGCGCCUGGCAAACGUUCAUAGUAUUCUACACAAUCCUCCUUAACCGGCAAAUCCUCCGCCGCUAUCACCUCGAACGAAAUUGCAUGCGAGACAGACCCAUAUGCGAACGCUUCCGACCCCUGAUCGUCCCCGAACCAUUUCCGACCCUGCACAAGCCCAACACAAGCCCGACGACGUCAGAAGAAGAAGCCGAUAACCCCUUCAACAAAUCUACCAUGAACAAACUGCGCACAAAAGCCGCGCUUCUCCGCGCGCGCGUCGAGAAGGGAAAGGAACUCGCUUCCGAGAUUGAGCGGCGUAUGGUUCAGAAUCCGCCGCUUAGGUUUCCGACGCAUUUCUGUCAUGCUUGUGUUGAGGACGGGGAGAGAGUGGAGAUUUUGGUCACCAAGUGUGGGCAUCGGGUGUGUCGGACUUGUCUUACAUAUGGGGUUGACGAGGAUGGGGUUUAUGAGUGUAAUAUUUGCUUUGUGCCGACCAAGGUUGACCAGUAG